AUGGGGCACUGGGGCAGCUGUGAUCCCGCGCUGUUGCUGACCAAAAUUGCGGGCUGACAGAUUACUCGACAAACAAGUUCGUGUAGCUAUAAAUGUCAAUCAUUAGUUAUGAUUGAUAAAGCCCUGCAUAGCAAUUGUCUAUUUGUUUACUCUAUCCCGAAUUUCAAAUGAAGGCCAUCUUAAAAAAUUGAGAUGGACGAUGAUCUUGAGAACUUCCUCAAGGAACAGAGAGCCAAAGUGGCAGAGGAUAAAGCCAACUUGAAACACGAUCCUCCUUACAUGGAAAUACGUGCAAAGCAUCAUAAGGCCUAUGACCAAACUAUUAAGGAAAACAUCCCUCCAUUUAAGCGAUCUACAGUAUUGGCAAAAGAAGAGGGUCAGAGCCUAAGUUUAUCUCUGGGUGAGGACUAUGAGCGGAAGAAGCAGAAAUUACAGGAAGAGCUUCGGCAGGACUACAGACGCUACAUGGCCCAGGAGCACGGUGCUUCCCUCAGACCUCCACCCGUGCUUGAUGUUCAGCCCGGCCCCAGACCGCCAUCCAGAAGAGAUGCAGCCACUCUGACCGAGGGGCGGAGAGGGGUGCACAUUGGGCGCCACCUGGCCGAGGUCAGGGGUCCCUGGGCUGAGGAAGAUGGACUGCCCUUUCGAGAGAGCAGGACCACCAGACUGGGAAGGGUGGAGCCUGGGGAUGAAGACUCUGAAGAUGACUAUGUAGAGGACGAGCUGGAACUGAUGGAGAGGAGGAGGCUGGAAGCCAUUCAAUCGGAGAGGAGGAGGCCAAGGCACUACUACAAAGCUGACAGCAGGUCCCGAGAUAGGAGAAAAGAGCCACAUGGUGAAUAUAUUGACACAGGUCAUCAUGGACAGAGAACAAGUCAUGAAAACAGGCAGAGGAAGGAGGCUGAUGGAUCUGUUGUCCAAGAGGGUUAUCAAGACAGGACCUCCUCCUUGACAAACCAAGUCAAGCUACAGUCAACAGGGGACACCAGUUCAAACCCGACGUCAAAGUCAGCCAUCAACAAGAAUGAGUUUGCUACAGGGCUCAUGAUCGGGGCUGCAGAUGCUGAUGUGGUCUCACAGAGGCGGAAGGAGCGCUACAGACAGGAGCUACAGGAGCAGAUAGCUGAACAGCAGAGGAACAAGAAAAGAGAGAAAGAUCUGGAACUGAGAGUAACCUCCACAGGAGCCACUGAACCUGAGAAACUGCCGGAUCGCAUCAAACAUUUUGGACAGAGUAUUGGGAAAAAAAGAGAGGAUCUGUACCGAGCUGGCCUGGGUCUGGACGAGGCACCAGCAGGGGAAGAACCUAGAAGGCCACCCGCUGAUGAGAAGCAUUCUGUGGACAGAGAGAGGGAGAGGCUCCCCCCUGAGUUGCCCAUCGUAGCCUUCCAGUCUCCGCUCCUAGAGUACAGCUCAGCGCUGGGGCUGUCCAACGGGGGGCUCUCCCCGUACAGCCAGGCCAUGGCUGUCCCCCGAGGCAUGGACUCCCCCAGAAUGCCAGGCAUCCCUUUGCACCCCCAAAACAGAAUGGCAGAAGCCUACAGGAGUCCCUAUGAUGAAGGCUACUCAUACUAUGGAGCCAGGAAUACAUUGGAGCCCAAUCUGCCCUACUAUGGUCAGAUGGCGAUACCUGGAGGAGUCCCACUGAUGUCCUACCUAACCCUACCUCAAACUGGAGGAGGCCCGCCCAGUCAUCACAGCCUUCACGGUACCCAGCAUAUAUACCCAGAAGCACCUCCACCACCCCUCAGACCCAACAGUGAGGCUGCCACGGUCAGCUCAGGGAUCAGUGUCUUUCCUGGAGAGAAGAUCCUUCCAUCCAAGGAGAGGGCACUAAGUUACAAGGAAGCACUGAAACAGCAGAUCCAGGAGAAGCAGGAGCGCCGGAGGCUGGAGAAGGAGGAGAGGGACAGCACUGAGGCCAGGCUGGAGUUCCACAUGAAGAACCAUGACCCAUGGGGCCGGGGAGGCUGCGGAGCACCUCUUAGAGACACCCGAGGGAACCUCAUUACUGACCUACACCAGAUGCACAAGCAGAAUGAGGAGGCUUGGCUGAACCCCGAGACAUGGCAGAAAAGAGCCCCAGGCAUCGUGCCCGUCCUGCGGGAGGACCUGCCUUCCAUAAACACAGUCUCAGGUUUUGACCGUGUCCAGACCCCUAUGUAUGCCAGAGGCAGUGUGUUUGCCAACCAGCCCACACCUCAGCAACUCAUGGAAAAGGACAAGUACAAGUCCUUCCUAAAACAACAGAUUGAAGAGAAGCGCCUAAAGGAGGCAGAGGAGAGGGAGAAGCUCCGCCUGGAGGAGGAGAAGGAGGAGAGGAGGCUGGCGGAGCAGAGGGCUCGAAUCCAGUGGGAGUAUGAUGAGGAGCAGGAGAGGAAGAAACGCAAGGAGAUGGAGCAAAAGGCCAAGAACGAGGAGCUGGCCUGCCUUGCAGAAGAGCGAAGGAAGGAGGCGGAGAGGAAAAAGAAAGAGGCGGAUGAGAAGGAGAUGGCUGCGCUGAGGAUGCAGUAUGAGGAAGAGAGACAGGCGCGUGUGGAGGAGUAUGAUCCCCAUCAUACUGUCUAUCUGCAGGUGCACAGGGAGCCCUCCCCCCCCAUCCCCACCCUCCAGAAGAGACACAGGGCCCCCCAGUACACCCCCAGACCCCCCACCGUGGACAGCAGACGCUCCACCGCCCCCAUGUCCGAGUGUUCGCUUUCAGGACUCCAGUCCCAGUCACCGCCUGUACCUGCUCGUAGGAACGAGUUGAGAGCUGCAGAGGACCAGAGGGGAGUGAUCAGUGAGUUGUCUGCGUUGCGUAGACAGCUGCGCAGCGAACAGAAACGUCUGGAGGGACAGCUGAUGCGCUCAGAGUGGGAGGAGCUGGAGUCUCCUAUGAGUGACAGGCGUAGGGAGGUUGAUGUGUUUGACAUGGCCAGGCUGCGUUUGCAGGCCCCCGUCCGAAGGCCCCCCUCCAGGAACAUGGAGCCUAGCAAACUGCUCCGUAUCCAUGACUCCCUACAGUUCCGAUACCCUGACAGUGAUUUCAGAUAUGGGUACGGUGAGCUCCCCAGGGACGAGGGUCAGCCUGUGGACAUACAGAGACAGGCUGACCAGCGGGAACAGCAGCGCAGGAGGAGCAGUCUGAGGAGGAAACCAGGCCACGAUUAUUUUGACCUGUCACCACCCCAGAAACCGAACCAUUAUUCGAGGGAUCCCGGGAGAGGCUACCUGUUAGAAUCAGAGAGUGCCUUCAUCAACCCCAUGGGCGACACAUACCCGGUGCCCCGUCCCCCUGAACAGAAGCCCCCCCAGCUGUCUGCUAGGGAGAGGAGGAGGCGGGCCAAGAACGCUGAGUCGCACAAUGUCAUUUCAGAGGACAGAGAGGCUUCCAGGGAGCCUACCAGAUUGCCAGAUGACUACAUCCUCCAAUCAGAGUCAGCAGGGCGGGCCCAGGAGCAUGAGCACCACAGCUGGACCAGGAGACUGCUGGCUCUGAGGCGCCGUGGCAGGACAACAGUGUCUCCUCUAGGAGACCUGUCAGAGGAUGAUGAUGAUGAUGAAGAGUCUCCGGGGGUCUCUCCCCGUGGCCCCGACCGCCGCAGCUCUGCAGACACGGAUGCCACCGAGCCCUGGUUGAGACCAGAGUCAUCGGAAACGUUGAAGCGCCUGAUGACGGGUCCGUCCAGGAGGGAGAGGCUGCCCCCUCUCCAAGGCGUCCACACACAGGACUGGGGUGGGCCCUCCACCUACCACGGCUGAGGCCAUGUUUGAAUCCUUUUAGCUCAUGGAGACUUGUGGAGGAUGUCAGUGGAUACCAAGUUUACAAACCAAACCAUCUUGCUGUUGAAGGGCCCCGGGGGCCGGGUACAUCCACAUCAGCAUUAUCAAAGCAAGAUCCCCACUUCCUGCCCCUGGAUACGACAGCAUCUGUGUUUGCUUCUAUUGUUGGUUUCACCUUUUAUAAAAGAAAUAUACUUCUGUUUGUCAUGUUCUACCUCAGAAAACCACUCUUGCUCAGUGGUUGGAUUAUUUUUGUUUGAAUUUAAUUGUUUUAUUGGCUGGUAUUCAUUUGUUUUCUCUUUUUUAUGGAAAUGAUAAACCUUUUACUUUUAUUAACUAGAGAUUAACAAAUCCAUGCUUUGAAUCAGCGUGUCUGUGUACUCAGGAGACCACAUCAGACAUUGUGUGUCUGCUGCACUAUUUGCUGUUGGUUUGCAGUGUCGAGGAUUUUAUCUGGUCCUUUUCAAUAGUAUUUAUUGCAUCUUGUGUCAUGGCACUAUAUUUUAAAUGUAAAUUAUGACAAAUGAAAGUUGGUUUAAAGGAACAUUGUAAUAUGUACCAUGUGUAAAUGUUUGUGAGAAUGUUUAAAUAUUAUAAUAAAUUAUAUUUUACAUAGAUGUGUAUAUGCAGUGUAUUUUGUUUUUGUAAGGGACUGGAAUUAACAGUGCGUAAUAAGUUACCACUCUGUUUGCAUACCAAUUCAAGAAUUCAAAAAGCUUUGUUCAUGACAAUGUUCCAGAUGAAUGUGUGACAAAAGAAACAACCAUAACGUAUAACCAAUUGUACGUUUUAAAGGCUUUUAUUGGCAAAAACAUUUAAUAUAUGCAACAAGUCCCUCCUUUUAUGGAAAUCAGUCUGCUUUUCAUAAUCCAAUCAGAAUGAUAGUUAUUUCACCUGAUUAGCACUCGUUCACACUCCCAUGUGCUGAUGAUAUGGUUAGUGAAUGAUGUGAGCUGGUCAUUUUGUGCCGGGGCCUAAAAAACCUUUUUCCAAUAAAGCUUUUAUUUUAAAUGCAUCUGAUCACUCUGCACAAUAAUCUAGCAAGGAUGGUGGUGAUAGAAUAGGGUUAACUAUUCCGGUUAUCUGUUGUCAUGUUGGGGGAAGUAAACUACCCUACUUAUACCUGUGUCAUAUUUGAUGGUGUCCCCAAGUCUGAGUAUGUUUGCACACAAGAAAUUGUGCAAUGAUGGGAACAUCUAAGGGUCGUUCUUAUUGAUACAGCUAGACACAGUCCAGUUACACACUUAUAGUCCCAUAUGUUUGAGAUGUUUCCCUGCUCCAGCACACCUGAAUCAAAUGACAAGUCGUUAAUUCGUUAACCCUCUGCAGAGCUUAACACAUUCAUUGGAAUCAGGUGUGUUGAAGCAGGGAAACAUCCACAAACAGGACAGUGCUCCCUGAGACCAGGCUUGAAGACCACUUGAUUUAAACAUUUCCAAAGUGAGUAGCCUAUAACCAAACAAUGUCCACUCAAUGAAAAUGAAAUUUACCAUAUGAACUAUUCUUUAUUCACUUAUGAUAAUAUAGUAAUCACAGAUAUGUACAUCACAAAAGAAAAGUUCUACAGUAAGGGCUAACUGUACGAACACAGGAGUGACAUAAUAAUUUCUAUACUGAACAGUUGGACUAUUGGGACCCUAUAUAAACCAAUUACAUAGAUUGCAUAUCGGAUUUCACACCAACACCUUCCCAGUGAUCUUUUGACUUAAAAAAUAUAAAGUAAAAUAAAAUUUAUCAGAACAUAACAUUUCAUUCACAAAUAAAUAUCUUCAUAGAUCUUCACCUGGUUGACUUAGUUUGUGUAUAUGUAAUUGCAGAUACUGUAUAAGGUAGGCUAUAAGGAUAUACAUUUAUUUAGUCUGUGGAGGGGAGCUACAUAGAUUUUUUCCAGCUUUGUAAAAGCUGUAUCUGCCAGUUUUAAGGAACUCGUUUCAUCACAAAACAUUAUUAUUCAUGCUGGAAACUCAUUGAAUGCCCAUUUCGAUGUUCAAAAUCUCCAAGUCCACUAUCUUUUGGCAAGAGCACAGCGAGUCUUGUCAAUGAACGAUGUCAACAC